CGCUUAUAUUCAUUCUGGGGUGUAAUUAUAGCUAAAUAAAGCUCUUUCAAUAAAAAACUAACUCUUUAAAAAAUGAGUUUUUAUUUCAAUGUGACGGAUCCCUAAAAUGUAGGUAGGUACUGUAAUUGGUAAGGUAAGAGCCUGAUUUAUUACGUGUAGGUGUGUAUUUAUUAAUGUACAAGUUUCAAGUAAGCUCGAGGGCGAUGAGUCGCUCGCAAUGCAUUAUAACACAAAGAAGUAACUUCAAGAGAUAUAUUUAGGUACCUAUGGCUAAUUUAAUUUACUACAUUACAGGCAUAUUGCCUAUAACAACCAUUUGUUUGAUACAGCCAUCAAGCGCUAUAAAACCGGCCAUGUUAGCACAAUUGAUUGAAGAUGAAGAACAUAACAAUAACCAAUGUUCUUUGAAAAUUAUUAAAAACACAGCAGCGUUAAAAUAUAUAACUAUAGUCAAUGUUAAGAACAACAAAUUCCUGGAUUAUAUUUAUUCGUUGAAUAUUAAAACCCAGGUGAGGACAUUUUUGGCUACAAGACUUAAGCAGCACAACGAAGCUUAUGUUGUUCAUUGCGAUAACCUCGAAGAGUGCGAAAACGGAUUCGACGAUUUAAUAAAGGAUAUAUAUUGGAAUCCCAGUGCAACAUUUUUCGUAACAGUCAAACACUUUAGCUGUUGCAAAGAAGAUUUUUUCAGAAAGCUACAUUAUCUAUACGUUUUCAAAACAGUACUUGUGCUCCAUGAUUAUAUAUUUUUUUAUGAUUUUCAACUUGGUGAACAUUGUAAUUUUACUGUAAAUGCUAUUAAGGAGUACAAAUGUGAUAGUAUUUCGUCAGAGAAUUCACCUAUUUGGGCAGAUGUUAAAGCCUCUUUGGAAGAACGACAUAAAACACCGUACUCGGGAUGCAAUAUAUCUGUGAUAGUGAGCAUUUUGGUGCCACUCGUAUUUACCCCAUUGGAUACCCAUGACGAGCCAUUUGGAUAUGAAGAAGAAUUCAUAAGAAUUUUAAAGAGAAUUAAUUUCACUAAUAUUUCCAUUUCAUAUAAUUCAAAUUUGACCAGAAAUGGCUUGGUUUGUGAAAAUCACACAGCUUCAGGUUUUCUUGCAUUGCUUCAACGAGGUGCUAUAGACUAUCUUUUGGGAGGAACUAUUCUGUCCCAUUACAGAUUGCAAGUUUUUGAUUUUACUUACCCUCAUUUUUUUGACGAUUUUGUGUUAAUAGUACCAAAAGCAAGGCAAAUUGACAAAUGGGAAGUAAUGUACAAAGUGUUUAACCCAUUGGUAUGGGGACUUAUAUCCCUAGCGUUUGCGUGUGUAACUCUAGUAGCAUAUUUUAUACAAUUUAGUUGUAACAGGGACUUGUACCACUUAGUUUUAACGACAUUAGAUAUGUUCAGUUACUUAACUAAUAACCCGCCUAAAAAAAAGAUUACAUGUUUUGUCUUAUCAUGGGCUUUAUUUGCCUGGCUAAUUUUGAGUUUCUACCAAAGCGACUUAACAAGUAUUUUUACAAGACCGAUGUACUUUAACCAAGUUAAUUCUUUGCCCGAAAUACUAAGCGAUAACUAUAAAUUGUACUUAAGUAGAGCUAAAUAUAAUUAUAUGAAAGGAAGCGCGGAGCUAGAUAUGGGAGGAUUAGUACAGAAGAGCACAAUAUGUAAAAACGAUCUUGACGCUCUAAAAGCAGUUGCAUAUGAAAGAAAACGGUUCACUGUUGUAUCUACGUUGAAUUACCUUUACUCUAAAGCAGAGUUUUACAAUGAUAAAAGUGAAGCAAUGCUACACAAGGUGCUAUGA